AUGUCCAAAAUUGAUCAAGCACCUAUAGAAAUUAAUUUAACAACUUCUAAAACGUUGUCAACUAAAAUUAAAAUCUUCAUUCGUUUGCGAUCUCUCAGAUAUUUUUUUACUUUUCUGCUAGUCCCUACUGUUUUGGCACCAAUUCCAUUGAUUAUUGGCACGCCACCAGCUUCUUGUGCUUAUGUAAUUCUUGUAAUGGCUUUCUUUUGGUUAACCGAAACAAUUCCGUUGCCUGUAACUUCUUUAAUUCCAAUAUUUGCUUAUCCAUUACUUUCUGUUGAGUCGGCGGAGCAAGUUUCCUCAGUUUAUCUAAGCGAUUCGAAUAUGAUUUUCUUUGGGUCUAUGGUUAUGGCUGUUGCGGUAGAAUCUUCUCGUUUACACGAGCGUGUUGCUCUGAGAACACUUUGUUUUACCGGUGCUAAUCCUCGCUUUUUAAUGCUUGGAUUGCAAGUUGCAACAGCUUUUAUUUCUUUGUGGAUGUCAAAUACUUCAACUACUACCAUGAUGCUGCCCUUGGUGCUUGCGCUUAUUAAAGAAUUGGAUAUGUGUGAACGUUUAGGAAAUAAUCCAAUUCCUCAUGUUGCAUCAAAGGAUUCAAUAGAAAAUGUUUCUCAAGUUUUGGUCCUUUCCGAUUCCAAACAACAACAACGUAUUUAUAAAGGCCUUUUACUUUCAAUUGCUUAUGCUUCUGCUAUUGGUGGAAUUGGUACUUUAAUUGGCACAGGAUCAAAUAUUGCUAUGAAUAACCAUUUUCAAAGUAUUUAUGGAGAUAAAAAUCCCGUAUCAUUCUUUUCAUUUAUUUGUUAUGCUUUACCUCAGGUGAUUAUUCUUUUGAUAAUUUGUUGGAUUUGGCUACAAUUUUUAUUUAUUGGAUUUAGAAAAAAUAGCAAGAAAAAUCAAAUUGUGGAUGAUAUGCUUUUAAAUAAAUAUAAACAACUUGGACCAAUACGUUAUGAAGAAAUUACUGUUGUAUUGUCAUUCUUGGCUUUAAUAAUUCUUUGGAUGACACGUCCAAUUUGGCACAAAAUGUUUAGGCCAAAUUACGUCACUGAUGGAACUUCGGCAAUGUUAAUUUCCAUGUUGCUUUUUAUUUUACCAGCAGAAAAUCCAUUUUCAUCAAAGAUUGUUGACAGACUUGUCGAGAAUAAAAAAGAUGAGCCUAUUCGUACUGUAAUGACUUGGAAAUUGAUGAGAGAAAAAUUUUCUUGGUCAACCCUCUUUCUGUUGGGAGGAGGAUUUGCUAUGGCUGAUGGAGUAAAGAAAAGUGGACUUUCUGAAUUGCUUUGUUCGCAACUUUCAGGAAUGCAAUGGUUGCCUCCUUGGACAUUUAUAGCCUUUUCUAGUGCUAUAGUUUGCCUUCUAACGGGUCUGAAAAUUUUAGGAUUUUAUAAGCCCCCAAUCCUCCAGCAACCCCUCACAAAAUUUUAUAGACAUGAAAAUAAUCCUAUGGUUGCCUCAAUUGCGAUUGCUCAAAAUAUGAAUCCACUUAUCUAUGUCUUGCCAGUCACCUUUGCUUCAUCUUUUACUUUUAUGUUUCCCGCUGGCACCCCACCAAACGCGAUUGUCUUCUCUGCAAAAAUAUUGCAUGUUUCUGAUAUGAUUUUGGGUGGAUUGGUUCUAAAAAUUAGUUCUUUCAUUCUAUGCCAAGUAUUUGCUCAGACAUAUGCCUAUUUAAUUUUUGAUAUGGAAGGUUUUAAUGUCUCGAUUCCAUUAACACCAGUUGCUCCAUAA